CCUGGUUCAUCUUUCUGACCGCCUCCUUUGGCAUAUGCACAUUGGGUGCAGUAUCAUAGCCGAUUCCCACAUGGCCGUCAACCCAUGACAAUGUAUAGUUGUAGUUCUCGCCUGCCACCGGGUUCAACCGACCCUCAGCAUUCAGAUCAGGGUUCUUGGGUUGAUACUCCACCACCUCUGAGGAAGGUUCUUGCAAGACACCCAGAGCCUGCUGAAUAGACCGAAUCAGCUUGGCGGUGGAAGGCUACACCCCAACGUCUGACAUCUUGCCCUGAUCACAUUGCCUCUUGUGCAACGUUGACUUGGCAUGCUCUAAAUGAGAGCUAUAAACUUGAUCAAAGUUUGCUAUGAGACGAGGGUGGACUCCGUGUUGAGCAGAGCAGGUCCUCACAUACAGCCGCACCUUUUCCAUGUCUGGCUGGCUGAAAUCUAAGUGUUUGGCAGGCUUUGUUACUUUGCUUGUCUUGAUCCCAAGCUUUGCGCAUAAGCGUCGUGCGCAUGACCUUAGUGCCGAAGGCAUUCAAGCCUACAGUCUAGCACUUAUAGUAUUGAAUAUGAAAAUUCAUUGCGACAAGGGUAAGCGCAAGGAGUUGCAAGGAAACAGGAAGGACUAAUAAGGACAUACAGAUUUGAACGGAGAAUUUAGGCUCUUAAACUCAGUGACUUAGGGUCACAGUCCCAAAGGUUGUAGCUGAAGCUUAGGCACACUUUUAGCUCAAACACGCGUGAGCUCUGGUAUCGAAAUGAACACAAAAGUAAACCACAAACGGCUGCGGUGAGACAUACAUCUAUACAAGCUAUGUCAUGUACAUGCUACUGGUGCUACAUCUGAUCACGCCUCCCGAGUUUAACAUCUCCCAGAAGUUAAGCGAGUCAGGAUUAGCACUUCGGUAAAUUAGCUCGUAGCCCUUCAGUACAUCUUGGUCUUGAAGAAGUACCUACUUUAGCUCAAGCCGUUCAAGCUUUCAAAGUCAGUUCAUGUUCACCUUCCAGGUAGUGGAAGUUCAUGCCUUUCAUGGCUGUAGUCAUUUUCUCUUCAGUGACAGCUUUUGCUCCUUGCCAGCAGGGAGUGCCAUCAUACGAGACCUACGGCUGUGGCAUGGAUAUUUGUGUGGCACCGGCGAAAUCCUCGACCCUUGUCAGCCAGUUCUUCCCCAGACAGUUCAUCAUACCCUCUCGCAGUUUGGGCAGGAGAUCUCCCGGCGUUUGGUGGCUUUCAAUGAAGAACUCGCCAGCGGUGAGGGCUGGAUGAUUAACGAUGUUUUCGGCUACCAUCGGCAUAAGCAAGAGGCGUAUUGACA